CAUAUUGAUCCUUUGUCGAAUCUAGAAUCUCCCACCGUCCCGCGCCUCUUUCCCUUGUUCCAGCCUUCCAGGUAUCCAGCUGGCAGUUGUGCUGCUUGUACAGAGAGAGGCUGGCGACGUCCGGGCCUGGUCGGGCCCACGUGAUCUUCCGCCGUUCUGGAGGCGCCGGUGGCCGCCGCCUCAGGUUGCUUCGCCAGCGCGCCGUGCCAGCGGGGGAGAUGGCAGAUUCGCGCACCUUAUCGCCGCCCGCCAAAGAAACCUCCUGCGCGUCGCCCGGACCCGCCGACCCGCCUGCCCGCCUGGUGCUCGACCUAAUGCCGCGGCGCCCCCCGGCAUCCAAUCUUUAUAUGAAGGCUAGUUUUUAUAUGAAGGAGCACCGUACAUCAAUCCAAGCCGAGUUCCACCUCGAGUGCCCCCUUAAGCUGUAGAGCAAGACCGAAUUGCAAAUUGCAUACUAAAUUCAUCGGCUGAGGUUUUCUAGUUUUUUCUGCGGACCAGAGAAGAGCUUAGCAUAUCUGAAGAAUCAUCAUAAGAAAAUAAAAUGAGGGCAUCAGUAUCUAGUGCUUAUCUUUUCUUGCCUUUGUUGUUUAAAGAUGCAUUUUUUCUUGCAUAGGUAUGUUAAUUAUUACGACACUGUUGUGGUAUUGAUGACAACUGUAGGUUUCAUACUUCCUCCAUGUAGGAACCUAAUAUAUUUUAUGUUGCUCAGGAGUAUAAUAACUGUUUGGACCAUUAUUCUAGUUGCAUUAUACUCCCUCCGUUCUUUUUUAUUUGUCACGGUUUAGUUAAAAAAUGAACUAGCUUUUUUUAUUUGUCACGGUUUAGUUAAAAAAUGAACUAGCGGACGAUAAAUAUUCGAGAACGGAGGUAGUAGUAAACUGAAUACCUCAUUUUGUUGGUAUAUAUUUUUAUUAAUACUACUAGAAUUUUUGACCCAAUAUCGGGAUAUAUAGAAUUAUAUAUAAACAGCCUUAAAUGACUUUUUUAAACUUUUAGAUAUUAUGUUUGAAAUUUAACUUGGGCAAAAUGACCAUAUGCUGCACAAUUUACCUAAAGGUGCACCCGUAUCCUGUUUCUGUGUUCUGUAUGAGAUUCCCAUCCUAAGUAAUUGUAUAUGUUUAAACCAAAUAAUAGAAUGCUAAGAAAACCACAAUGUACUCAAGAAGACCAACACUGUUUCUGGCAAUACAAGCAAUAUUUUCUGUUCCUUUAUUGAGGGCUUUGAUAUCAAAUUCAAAGCUUUAGAAUUAAUUUAUUGAGUUCCUAUUUGAAGUGUAUUGGCACCUCGUUCAAGUACAAAGCAAAAAACUCAUCACAAAGAUGAGUUUCAGAUCCAUCGAACAAUUACUUAGGAGGAACAGCAAAACCAAAAUUUCUCGCAAUAUCGUUGACCGCAACCAUGACCAGAAGGAAGAGCAGUUAGUACAAUCCUUGAGGGAGUUACUUCUUGCAAGCAAACAGCUCCCAGAUAAGUUUGAUGACUACUAUGUCCUUCUACGCUUUCUUAAAAUGAGAGGCUUCAACAUCUUAAAAGCAAAAGAGAUGUUCUUAAAUAUGUUAAAAUGGCGUGAAGAUUGUUCCGUUGAUGCCAUUGCGAACGAUUUUAAAUUUGAGGAGUAUGAUGCUGUGAAAAGAUGCUAUCCUCAUGGAUUUCAUGGAGUUGACAGAUUUGGUAGGCCUCUCUAUAUUGAACGAGUUGGCUCAGUGGAUCUCAGUAAGCUCAUGCAAGUGACUACUAUUGAUCGAUAUGUAAAAUAUCAUAUAUCAGAACAAGAGAAAACUAUAUCUUUGAGAUAUCCUGUUUGCUCACUUGUGGCUAAAAAGCACAUAGCAUCGACAACAGCCAUAUUUGAUGUGAAAGGACUGGGGUUGAAUAACUUUUCAAAAUCUGCAAGAGAGAUGUUUGCAGAAAUCCAAAAGAUCGAUAGCAAUUACUAUCCAGAGACAUUAAAUCAACUUUAUAUAAUUAAUGCUGGAACUGGAUUUAGAGCACUGUGGAAGGUAUUGAAAACAUUCAUGGAGGCAAGAACAUUAGCAAAGAUUCAGGUUCUGGGGACCAAUUACCUUAACACAGUAUUAGAAGCUGUUGACCCAAGCAAUUUACCAGAAUUUUUAGGCGGAACUUGCACUUGUCCAACAGGAGGAUGCUUACUCCAAGAUAAAGGACCCUGGACUGACCCAGAAAUGAUUCGUGCUUCUAAGGAAGCAUUCGGUAAAGGUCAGAAGUCUUUCAAUGAAUUGGCUGCCACAAUUGCCUGUGAAAGCUUUACAGGUUGUCAGGAGCCUUCCGCAAAACAAGUAGAUUCCACUUCUCGUAAGAGAAGAACUCUUGGCAUGUUGUUCAAAGAUGAUCAGGUUGGAUUUGAUACAGGUGAAAAUAUUCUACGGAAACAAGUCGAUGAACAGAUCUUGGAGAAGAUCCGAGAACUUGAACACUGCGCUGCUAAGAGUGGGGAGACCCUGCAGAUAUUAAUAUGCAAGCAACAAGAACUCACUGGCCACAUCGAACAGCUGAGGAAAAUCCUUCAGUGAGAAUGUGAUGGCGUGGGUUCAGAUAUGAAAGCCGACAUAUAAAACUCGAAGGUAGUGCUUGCCAAAGGUGAAGAAAAUCAAAAGGGACAAGAAGCGAAGCCAUCGAUGUAAUGUAAUAAAGAAAUAUGCACCCUAGUUUUCUGUGAUGAAUCUUUAACCCCUAUGAGCUGCUAAAACACUCACUUGUGAAUGUCAAUAUGUCAUAGUAUUAUUGUACGCCAUGAUUAUACUCGCAACGCUGUCUACGGCUACGUACUCAGAAGUUCUGUACCAAUGUUAAAUAAAUGGUACACAUGUAAUUUACCGUCA